AACAGAGGUCGGAACCAUACGCAAGUCAUUGUUGAGAAGUUGCACUUUCGGAUCCAAACAUCAGCGUUAAAUGGACAUCAAGACGCGCUCUCCCAUUCACUUGGAUCUAGGAGACAUCUUCGCUGGAUAUUAACCCUAUUUUAUCACACCGGAGUAAUUGUAGCCAUUCUGGGGGCAAUCACCUCUUUUACACUCCUCUUGCUGAAUUGCGCCCACAUGCUAGCGCCAUGGGUGUAUGCUCCCCCUCCUGACUUGCAACCAUCUCUACUGGCAAAGCGACUGGUGCAAAGUACUCCAGUCACUGUGGUGAAACCCGUCAUUCCGGGACUCACCACCCCUUUGAGUCAUCUUCCCGCCAUCCUCUCUGCUGUCUUUAUUUCUCAAGUGAUCCAUGAAGUGGGUCACGCCAUCUCUGCGGCCCUUGACGCAGUGCCAAUAGUGUCCGCUGGCGCAUCAUUUACUAUCGCCAUCCCUGCGGCAUUUGUUUCUUUUCCGGCGACCACACUACAGGCCCUUCAGCCUUACUCACGUGCUCGCAUCAUCGCUGCGGGACCAUUCCAUAAUCUGGUAUUCUGGACUGUUCUUCUAACCGUAGACUGGCUUGGGUUGGCAAACUCGUUCAAUCGAGACGUCUCUGAUAUCGGGCGUGUUGUCGUGAAUAUCGACAAGGAUUCGGACUUGGGCAGCUACAUUGAACUAGGUUCCAUCAUUACCAAGAUAGACGACGUCUCUCUUGGGUCGCCUGAAGAUAUAUGGACCUCGUAUCUGACAUCAAUUUCGCCUCCAUCGCCCGGUUGGUGCGUCAAACACGCUGAACUGACCACGAAUCCACAUUCCUGUUGCCAAUCAACGACUUCAUCUCCACUAGCGUGUUUCUCCUCCACCAUGCACCAUGACCACGGCUGUCUUGACCCAGUUUCUGUUCUAACAAGUGACCGACACCGAUGCCAGGUCGAUGAAGAAUGCCCGUCUGAGAUGCUAUGUGUACGACCCCGCGAUUCUGCCAACUUUGUUCGAAUCGGCGUAGGAGACAAAACGAUACUCUGGAGUGGUCCAAAGAACGAAAUUUACGACCAAGUCGAGAUUGGCUCGAGGAUCCCUCUAUUGUGUCCCUUUUGGCUGGUGCAGCACCUGACUCUAUUUUGGAGCUAUCUCAAAAUGGCAACGCUGUCAUUGUUCUUAUUCAACCUGCUUCCGCUGCCCUAUCUGGACGGAACGCAAUUCAUGCAAGCUUUGCUCGACAUGUCACUUCCGGAAGAACACGAAGAGUAUGAUAUGAAUGCAUUAGAGUCUGGAGACAGAAGGCAGAGAUCAAGGCGAGAUCGGUGGAAAGAGCGUGCUGGGCGAAGCAUUGGGACCGUGACGAGCGGACUUUUUGUACUGAGUGUAGUAUUUGCGCUCAUUGACAUGCGUUGA